ACAAUUCUUCUGGACAAUAAAAAUUUGCUUUCAAUGUGGAAAAACAUUUUAAAUGUUAUAACAGAAAAAAGUAUAGAUAUUGUGAAGAUUCAAGAAUUAAUUAAAGAACAGCAGGGAAAAAUAUUAACAGGAAAUGCCAAACUGAAUGAGUUAAAAAAUAGAUCCAUUAGAAAAGAAUUAGAAAAAAAUGAAUAUUUUAACUUGACCCGAAAACAAAUUUUAUCCAAACUUGCAAAUAAAGAAAGAAAUAAAGAAAAGCAUAACACUGAAUUGCAAAAUAUAAUGGCUGAUAGUACAAUAGUACAAAAAACAAUUUGUGAAUUGGAGAAACAAGUAGAUCUUUGCAAUGGUGUAAGUUUUAACUAUAAAUGGCUCUUGCAUUUCAGAGAUUGUGCAUGUUCAUAAAAACAUAUAUGAAAAUCAGAAUGAAUACAAAUCAA